AACGCUGUUGGCCUGGCAACAUCUACAGCUUCACACGCCACAAUAAAACAGCAGCUAAACCCAGCUUUUGAUGAGUUUUUAUCAUUAAACCUGCUGAUACGCACGUUUAGGCGUUUCCACCGCGGGACCAGAUCGUUAUGAGCGAUUCAUCUUUCAACUCUUUGGGUGUAAAAGUCGUUUUCGCUUCUUCCUGCGAUGAGAAUCACCCACCAGAAAACAUUAUGGACGGGAACACAAAAACAUUUUGGACGUCCACUGGGAUGUUUCCUCAAGAGUUCGUCAUUCGUUUUCCUGAGCCCACGAGGGUUGCUGCGGUGACAGUGGAGAGCUACAAUGUCAAGCAUCUAAAGAUGGAGAAGAAUACAUCACCAAAGGUGUCUCAGUUUGAUUUUGUUACAGAAAAAGAAUUUGAAAGAACUGAGAGACAUCUUCAGUUAAAUACUUUAUCAUUAAAUGGCAGCAGUGCAGUCCACCUCCGUUUCGUCAUCGCCUCGGGUCAUGACCACUUUGUAUCAGUGCACAGAGUCACAGUUAAAACAUGACUUGUUUACAUUUUGUAACCGUUUAAAAAGUAAAUCCUCACAAAAACCCGAACACAACUGCAGCUUUGUGGCUAUAUGUGAAAAUACAUAAAGUGAUGUAAUCCUUUCAAUCUUAUCGCAUAAACACCAGUUGCAGACCAAACAUCUGCUUGAAAGCUGUGCAGGAUUUUUAAAUCCGGCAUCUAAUUCCAAGAUUUACUUCAAACCAUUUUAUUGUUUUUGCCUAUGUAAUGUUGUGGAUUUACUUGUGAGUCUUUUUAUCCCACAUUUAACUGUUGCUGCUAAUUUCACAAGCUGAUAGCUGGCACAGCUUUAGAAUAAAAGAGUGGGAUUGUGUUGGAGCAUACAAAGGAACUUUCCCCCUAUGUGAGAGAUAGUUAAUUAACUAAUUUGGAGCAGCAGGGGCUUAAAUUGGCAUUCGUACAAUGCACCUCACUGCCAGUUCGCCUCCCCCCCCCCCGUGUGCAGAAUCGAACAUCCCCACAUGGGGAAUGUUGCUGUGGGGGUUUGUGGAACCAGAUGGCUUCCCAGUCAACCAGUGAACGUCCAAAGGCUGCGGUCUUAUUUACACAAAGUGCUCCAGCCCACCACCUAUAUGGCUCACACACACACACACACACACUGCUGCACACAAACAGCGACUCCCAUCUACCUCUGCUGCCAUUUCAACUUGUCGGUGGCAGCAGCUUCGGUGGUGUUCGAGGACCCUUUGGGACUCCCUCUCCAAUUACUUGCUGACUGCAGAGGAGCUUGGGAAAUGUGCAGAGGCUGUGUUUGCUAAAGCUUGGUCUGCAUACAAGACUCUGGGUAAACCAAUAAAAUAUGAAAUACAUGCUUGAAUAACUAGCCCCUUGAUAUUUCAGAGCAACUAAUUGCUUAGGGAUACGACUGGGUUGGAGCACAUUUGAGUUUGUGAGUGUGUGGUGAAUAAUGAGGGCAAGGUAGAAACUGAAACAGUGUUACUGACUCAUUCAUUAUUUACCAGAAUGGAAUAUUUACUAUCAUUGCAGAGGUGAAGCUUUUGCUAUGAAAUGAAGUUCAAGCUGCUCUGCUUUAACAGGACCUUUUUUUUAUUAAUUAACUAGAAAUAACACAUUUGGUUGCUGUAAAUUUGCAAGCAAAUGUCCCUUUAAAGACAAAGACCCAGGUUAGAAAUGUUGGUGUCAUAUUUGAUUCAAACACUGUUUAGAGGUUCACUGGCCAUAAAACAGGAACACUCAGAGGUCUCGUAUCCAGACAGGACCUAGAGAAACUCAUUCAUGCAUUUAUUUCCAGCAGACUGGUCCAUUGCAAUGGUCUUUUAACUUGUCUCCCCCCCCCCCCCCC